CCUUCAACCUUCACUGCGGCCACCGUAUCAGAGGGGCACCUUCAGCGAGCUCCGCGGCGCAACGGCAGCGGCUCCACCACUACCGCCCACUUAUAUUUAUAUACACUUAUAGUUAUCAUGUCCUUUCUCAGUAUCAGCAGGCUAGCCCCGAGGUUGCUUAGCUCAAAGAAUGCAGCAUGUGUUGUGGCUGCCAGGAAUGCCAGUGCGUCCACAAAUUUGAAAGAUGUGCUGGCAGAUCUCAUCCCCAAAGAACAGAGCAGGAUCAAGAACUUCAAGCAGCAGUAUGGCAAAACCACCAUUGGCCAAAUCACUGUGGAUAUGGUUUAUGGUGGAAUGAGGGGCAUGAAAGGACUGGUAUAUGAGACAUCUGUACUUGACCCUGAUGAGGGCAUCCGUUUCCGUGGCUACAGCAUUCCUGAGUGUCAGCAGCUUUUGCCAAAGGCUGCAGGAGGUGAGGAACCGCUGCCUGAGGGACUCUUUUGGCUGCUGGUCACAGGCCAGGUGCCCACCGAGGAACAGGUGAACUGGUUGUCUAAGGAAUGGGCAAAGCGGGCAGCUCUCCCCUCUCACGUGGUCACAAUGCUGGAUAACUUCCCCACUAACCUGCACCCCAUGUCCCAGUUUAGCGCUGCCAUCACUGCCCUGAACAGUGAAAGUAGCUUCGCCCGAGCCUACUCUGAGGGAGUCCACAAAAGCAAGUACUGGGAGUUUGUGUAUGAGGACUCCAUGGACUUGAUUGCCAAGCUUCCCUGUGUGGCUGCUAAGAUUUAUCGCAAUCUGUACCGUGAGGGCAGUAGCAUUGGGGCAAUCGACUCCAACCUGGAUUGGUCCCACAAUUUCACUAACAUGUUGGGCUAUAGUGACCCCCAGUUCACUGAGCUCAUGAGGCUCUACCUCACUAUCCACAGUGACCAUGAGGGUGGCAAUGUCAGUGCACACACCAGCCACCUUGUAGGCAGUGCGCUCUCUGACCCCUACCUCGCCUUCAGUGCGGCCAUGAAUGGCUUAGCUGGACCCUUGCAUGGACUGGCUAACCAGGAAGUGCUGGUGUGGCUGACAGCCUUGCAGAAGGAGCUGGGAGGUGAAGUGUCAGAUGAAAAGAUGAGAGAUUACAUUUGGAACACACUGAAAUCUGGCAGGGUGGUGCCUGGCUAUGGGCAUGCUGUCCUGAGGAAGACAGACCCCCGCUACACAUGCCAGCGUGAGUUUGCCCUCAAGCAUCUUCCUAAUGACCCCAUGUUCAAGCUGGUGGCUCAGCUCUACAAGAUUGUGCCCAACGUGCUGCUGGAGCAGGGCAAGGCCAAGAACCCCUGGCCCAAUGUUGAUGCACAUAGUGGGGUGCUGCUUCAGUACUAUGGAAUGACUGAGAUGAACUACUACACAGUGCUGUUUGGCGUGUCCCGGGCCCUGGGUGUACUGGCUCAGUUGGUGUGGAGCAGAGCGCUGGGCUUCCCUCUGGAACGCCCCAAGUCCAUGAGCACAGACGGACUUAUGGCUCUAGUGGGGGCCAAGUCAGGCUAAAGAGACCAGGCCAGGCUACUGGAUCGGAGGAGAUGCUAAGAUAACUAUAUUAGAAACAAGCCCCUGGGCCAAGAGAUUCAAAGAGACAGUACACUUUUAAAAUUUCACCUAAAAGAGAAAGGGCCUUUAUUAUUUAGGACCAUUAUUGUUGAUUUUCAUCUUGAAUACCCAAAACAUACUAAAACACAUUCAAUUCCACAAUUCCUACAGAGACGAGAGAGAGGUAAAACCUAACAUACAUUUAGACACUUUCCAAAUUUAAGUAAGUGAUUGUUCUCACUGAUCUCCUCUUAUGUAUCCCACAUGAAAAUUUAUAUUUUGUUUAAUUUGGCAUUUCUGUACAAACAGUGAGCUUUAGAGAUGAACACACUCAUGGUAGCAUUAGUUAUUUACUAUUUAGACUUUCUUUAGGUUUGUGUAUUAAAAAAAAAAAGCCUUUAUUGGAAUAAAGAGACAUACACCCUGUUUUCCACAGCCUUAGUAGCAGUCAGUUUAAAAUGUUGUUUUCCCCUUUCAAAUCGACUUGUGUAUGGAAAUGAAAGAAAAUGUGAUUUUUCUCUUUGGAAUCAACCAGACUUUUCUUAGCUGUUCAACCAGGCAACCCUCCUCCAAUAUCAGUAUCACAAUGUUUCUCCCUAUAAGAACACUCCAGAUCACAAAGGUCCUCCCAAAUACAAGUCAGUUCAUUGAUGAACUGCCAAUUCAGUUUAAAAACACAUGCAGAUCUGUUAAAAGGGUACUGCCCCUUUCAAUUCUUGUACCACUUUCUGACUUCAAUCAAUCAUGUCUUUUUAGAUAAACCUCUGGAUUCCCCCUUUUAUAUUGGAAAUAACCUGGAUUUUUAUUUAAUGUCAAUCUCUUUCCCUCUUUUUUUGCCAUUAGAUGUUCUAGGAAAGUUGAAUGCAGCAUGAGUGUGAUGGUACCAGUAGCUUUAAAGACUUUGAUUGUAAUGGUGAACUUUGGUUUGUACCAUUCAUUAACAUUAGUAUCAAUGCCAAGAGCAAGCUGAAAAUUCAGUCUGAGCAGCCAGUGCUUUCAGUGUUUGGGGCCUAUGUUUUUUUUUUUUUGGAACAUGCCCGUUAAUACAAAAGCACUUCAGUGAUCUGCUACUCCAAAAUAAGCACUUGCUAGGUUGGAAUCCUCAAUUUUUAGGUUUAGGAAACCCCUGGUUUGAUUUCAGUGUCUUUAUAUGUAGAGUUUUCUGGGUUCUUGUACAGUUCUUAUACAAAAAAUCGCUAAUUUUGUGCAUACAUAAUUUGUGAUUUUAUUUAUGUUUUGUAAAUAUUUAGCUUGAAUGUAUGAGCUCUGCUUACUCUAAUAAUUUCACUAGAUCAAGAUGCGGGUGUCUUACAUGUUCUCCUAUUCACCUUUGAGCAUGCCGUAACCACUCUUAAAACCUUCUUUAUAAGGCUGUAUCCUUUAAUAUCAGUUAAACACACAGAUACUCCAGCUUCUUGUAAAUAAAACUAAGAGUAGGAUGGAGUUUGUCCAUGGGGUCGGCACAGGCUGGUCCUGCUUUUUGUGCUUGCUCUCAGGUGGUUUGAACCUGUAGAAGCUCACUGUCAACUGACAGGUCCAUAAACACUCCACAUACUUAGAUGACAUGGGGACUUAUUCCUCAACUGAAUUUCCCUUUCUUUCUGGCUAUUUAUGAUUCACAAGGUAUUUUCACUCAUCAGUGUUCAAUGCAAUUUUCCUGUAGCUCUAUGUCUUUUUCUUUUUGUGUAUGUGUGUGUGUGUGUGUGUGUGCGCGUGCUUGACUGUAUACUGUCAGGUUAUUUCAAAUAACAAGGAACAAGAAUGAUCAGAGAGAACAUGGAUUGGUUGAAGUCAGGAUGACUGCAGAAGGUAGAGGAACUGGUGAAUGGGGUCAAAUUGGUCGAAUGGAAAAGAGACGCUUAGUUGAACAAAAAUGGGAAAACUUGACAAAAAGCAAAACCAAUAAAUGUUUUUAACAAAA